GACUCUUUGGGGGACCGGGGCAGCCCGGUAUGACGCGGCGCGGGGCGGCCGCCACCCCUGCUGGCCCCCGCGGCCCGGGGAAGGGAGCGGCGCGGGCGGCCCCGCGGACUUAGGUCGCGGGGCUGGAACCUUCCCUGCCCCCGUGAGAUCGCGCGACGCGAGCGUCCGGGACGCGGGCUGCGGGAGAGCGUCUCCCCGGGAGGAGCGGCGGCGGGCUGUUCCGGGAGCCGAGACCCCCGCGGGCCUCCCCGCGCCGCCCCGGCAGCCCCCCAGAUCUCUGCAAGGGCCCGAGCCUGGGAACAGAGAAACUUACAGAUAUGUUCCAGAACUAUACAUGAAUUACUUUGGUUAGUCCGCGUGAACUUUUGAUAAUGAGUGGUGCAGCUUUGGGACUCGAGAUUGUUUUUGUCUUUUUUCUGGCAUUAUUCCUACUUCAUCGCUAUGGAGACUUUAAGAAGCAGCAUCGACUUGUAAUUGUUGGAACACUGCUCGCUUGGUAUCUCUGCUUUCUUAUUGUCUUCAUACUGCCUCUGGAUGUCAGUACGACAAUAUACAACCGGUGCAAACAUGCUGCAAAUUCAAGCCCUCCUGAGAAUAACAACAGUACAGGAUCAUAUGCAACUGCUACACCAGUUCCAAGCCACCAUCCAUGUUUCAAGCCCUGGAGUUACAUUCCUGAUGGAAUCAUGCCAAUUUUCUGGAGGGUAGUAUACUGGACUUCACAAUUUUUAACAUGGAUUCUGUUACCUUUUAUGCAGUCCUAUGCAAGAUCAGGAGGAUUUUCCAUCACCGGAAAGAUCAAAACUGCACUCAUAGAGAAUGCAAUCUAUUAUGGUACCUAUUUACUGAUUUUUGGAGCAUUUUUAAUUUAUGUAGCUGUAAACCCACGUUUGCACUUAGAAUGGAACCAACUUCAGACAAUUGGUAUAGCUGCUGCAAAUACAUGGGGCCUAUUUCUUCUUGUGUUGCUAUUGGGGUAUGGUUUGGUGGAAAUUCCUCGGUCAUAUUGGAAUGGAGCCAAAAGGGGUUAUCUGCUUAUGAAAACUUACUUUAAGGCAGCCAAAUUGAUGACAGAGAAAGCAGAUGCAGAAGAGACUUUAGAAGAUGUCAUGGAGGAGGUUCGUAAAGUGAAUGAAAGCAUCAAGUAUAACCAUCCAUUGAGAAAAUGUGUUGACACAAUACUAAGAAAGUGCCCUGUAGAGUAUCAGGAAAAAAUGGGGAGGAAUAUGGACGAUUAUGAAGAUUUUGAAGAAAAGCAUAAUACCUACCCUAGUGAAAAGAGUCUUGUGAAGCUACAUAAACAGGUCAUUUAUGCAGUUCAGCGGCAUCGUCGAACUCAAGUACAAUGGCAAAUUCUUUUGGAACAAGCAUUUUACCUAGAAGAUGUAGCCAAAAAUGAAACUAGUGUUACCCAUCAGUUUGUUCACACCUUUCAGUCACCGGAGCCAGAAAAUAGAUUAAUUCAGUAUUUUUAUAAUCCUACAGUUGAAUGGUACUGGGAAUGUCUUUUGCGACCAUGGUUUUAUAGGAUACUUGCUGUGGUUUUGUCCAUCUUCUCUGUGAUAGUUGUGUGGUCAGAAUGCACUUUCUUUAGCACAAGGCCUGUCUUAUCCCUCUUUGCAGUCUUCAUACAGCUGGCCGAACAAACAUAUAAUUAUAUUUAUAUUGAGAUUGCUUGCUUCCUUUCCAUCUUUUUUCUAAGUAUUUGUGUUUAUUCUACUGUGUUCAGGAUUCGUGUAUUUAACUAUUAUUAUUUGGCUUCACAUCACCAGACUGAUGCUUACAGCCUUCUUUUCAGUGGCAUGUUGUUUUGCCGUUUGACUCCUCCAUUAUGUCUUAACUUCUUGGGUUUGACCCAUAUGGAUUCAUCCAUCUCUCACCAGAAUACACAGCCCACUGCCUAUACAUCUAUUAUGGGUUCCAUGAAAGUUUUAUCCUUUAUUGCAGAUGGGUUCUAUAUAUAUUAUCCUAUGUUGGUGGUAAUUCUGUGCAUUGCUACUUAUUUUAGUUUGGGAACUCGUUGUUUGAAUCUACUUGGUUUCCAGCAGUUCAUGGGAGAUAAUGACAUGACGUCAGAUUUGGUUGAUGAAGGAAAAGAAUUAAUCAGACGAGAGAAGAGGAAAAGGCAAAGACAAGAGGAAGGUGAAAAUCGAAGAAGAGAAUGGAAAGAACGUUAUGGACACAAUAGAGAGGAUUCUACUAGAAACAGAAAUGUUCACGUUGACCCAAAAGAGUCGAACUUCUCAGAUAAUAGCACCAACCGAUCUACAACCAAAUAUACCAGAGUUAAUAAUAAAACUGAAAGGGACCGAGUGGAACUUCUCCAGGAUGCAGAACCUUUGGAUUUUAAUGCAGAAGCAUUUACUGAUGAUCCUCUUGAGGCUGAAUCAGGAAGGUAUCAGCCUAGUGGAAGAUAUCUCUCAAUGUCUCGCAGCAAAAUAUUUGAUGAUGUUUAAUAUUUAUGAAAAGCCAAGCAAGAUCAACACAUUCAAUCAUUAUGAACAUUUCCAUGUUCUAGAAUUUACACUGGACUCUCAUUCUCAGUGAAAAAUAUGAGGAUAACAAAGGCCUUUUGGCUAAGAUCAAGUGUGAAAAAGGCACUGAAAAUUGAUCACAUUAUAAUAAUUAGCUAAUUGUUCAUUUAAUAAAAUUUCUUUUUAUAGGAUUUAUUACAUACCAUUCCUAAAGUGUCUGCCUAAGAAGUUCAGUUAUAGUGAAAGAGUUUAAAUUCAACAUGAUAAAGAUCAAUGUAUGGUGAGAGUAUGUAGUUCAGCUUCAGAUUUUUUUUUUUAGGGAAGGUCCAAGAAAGCCAUAAUUCAAUAAUUAAAUAUACAGACUUACUAUUUACAUUCAUUGUGCUGUUGAUUUACAUUUUCUGUUUUUAAAGAAUGCAUUAAUCCUAUAUAUCCCAAAGAAAUUGAGACCUCAAAUUAUAACCACAUAUACAAAACCCAUGUCUUAAGACAAGGCUUACUUCCAGACACAGCUGAAUGUAGAAAGCUCUUUUUCAAUUCUGUAUGCAAAUUAGUGAAGUUUUUGCCUGUAUAAUUAAGAUUAUGUUUCAAUCAGUGUGUUUGUAUAUUUAGCAUGUGUGCUGUGAUUAGGUUAUAUGUUAUUGCAGUCUUUUUAGUAAUAACUGAACAUUCUUCUUUGCUUUGGGUACUGCUUUAUGAAAUAUUUUUAUUCAGAGAAAAAUGUUCACCUUUAUUACUUAGCAUAUUGAUUUAAGUAUUGAUCAUUCCAUUCAAAUCCUAAGCAUCAGUGGUAAAUAACCAAAGGGUACCGUGAAACUCUCUUAAUUGUUACAGGUGUUAAAAAGAACAUUUAGUUAUUCGAAGGAAAAAGUGAAUCCAUUUAUUGUCAUUUACUAACAGCUUGAUUUAAAGAAAAUGAUAUUAGAUAAGAAAUUUAAGUAACUUACUGAGUAAACAUGCUUUAUUAUCUUUAAAAGGUGUUUUAUUUCUGUGGGGCUGUCAUACCCGACAGUGUUCAGAGGCUGUUCCCACAGUCCCAACAGGGUACCUGGAGGAGACCAUGCAGUACCAGAAAUCAAACCCAGGGUGCCCACAUGCAAAUCAUGUAUUCCAGCACUUGGAGCUAUUUUUUUGACCCUUAAUAGAUUCUUCAACUUCAUGUUUAAGCCAAAGUUAGGUAUUUUUACCAAAGUUUAUUUUAAUGCAUCAGUAUUUUAUUUCACAUUGAACACAUUUGAGCACAACUUGCUUGCAGAGGGUUUUUUGUGGUCCUGUAAUGUUUGCAACGCCUAUAGAAUAUGUGCUGUGGAUUCACUCAGUAGUGACUUGAGCUCACUCGUGACCAUCAUCUCAGUUUUACAAUUGUUAUUCUGUGUAAUUUUAAAUAGAGUUCUCAGUCUCUUAAGUAUUCCAUUUUGAGAAUGAAUUAUAUUGUUACCCUAAUAAUAUAAUUACAUUUUUUGGAGAUAAUCUUUUUCAGAAUUAUAAUUUAAAUUUUUUACUUUCAUGUUAUGGAAUUUGUUUUUGUUUUUGUUUUUGGGUCACACCUGGCGGUGCACAGGGGUUACUCCUGGCUCUGCACUCAGGAAUCACUCCUGGCAGUGCUCAGGGGACCAUAUGGGAUGCUGGGAUUUGAACCCGGGUCGGCCGCGUGCAAGGCAAACGCCCUACCCACUAUGCUAUCACUCCAGCCCCAUGUUAUGGAAUUUUUGGGGGGGCAGUACACCCAGUGAUAAUCAGGGGUUACUCCUGGCUCUGCAGUUAAGAAUCUCCUGGCGAUGUUCAGGGGACAAUAUGGGGAGCUGGGGAUAAACCUGGGUCAGCUGUAUGCAAAGCAAGCACCCUACCCACUGUACUAUCACUCUGACCCCAUCAUGUAAGUUUUUUAAAGACAGUCCUAUACAGAACGGUACUGAAAGGAUAUUUAAAAUACUAAUUCUCUUAUUUUUAAUUUUUAUAAUUCUUGAGAUUAGAUUUCCAUUAAAACAAUGGAUACAGUGCUUCCAAUUGCAAGUCCUAUAGUUGCCUGUUUGAGAACAAAUACACAUAUCCACUCAGACUUUUAUUGUGAAAUGUUAUUUUUUGCAAUUUUGUAAUUGGCCAUUAAUACCUUGGGUGAAUUUUAUAACCUUUCAGUGCCUCAAUAUUUUCAUUUGUGGUAUGAAAAUCAUAAUUUCAUGUUUUUCUACCUCACAAAGAUAUUGUGAGGGAAUGAGUUGAUAUUUAUUUAAUUGAUGGGGGAAUGAAUGCCUCAGAAUGGGGUCUGGUAUCUUUUGUUACUGAGAAGAUUCCAAGUUCCUAAAAGAACUGUUAUUGAAAUAGUCCCUAAAAGACCUAUAAAAAUAGUGUUGUUUUAUUUGUUGGUCUUUGAGUUUACUUUGAAAUAUUUCUCAUAAGUAUAAAGUUAUUUCCACCAGGUUUUGUUAUGAAACUCAGGUGGUGUUGUAGGGGCAGUAAAAGAAAAGAAAAUAUUCUAUUCCUUUUAUAAUAAGUUGAGAUAAAAUGAUAGUAAUAUUGAAAGGGAUGUACUACUUUUAUUACUAAUUUUUUAUGAUUGUGGUCGUUGAAGUAUUAUACAGUACUUCAUAAACAGUUUAGAUUUUCUAUAUUAUUUUGAAGUUAUUUCCAAAAUUAUUUGGUUUUUAAAGUGAUGCAGAGUUUUCAACUUUUUUGUUUCUGUUUUGUGGUGCUGGGGAUUGAGUCCAAGACCUUACACAUGCAGGGCAAGUGAUCUGCUAUUGAUCCACAUUCUCAGCCUGACUUUUCACCUUUUAUAGCAGAAUUUGUCUUUCAGGGUUUUUUUCAAUAUACAGGUAAGUAGGUUACUUGACAGUAAAUUUGAGAAUACAGAGUGAUAAUUUAACCCUUUGAAGACUAAGAGUUCACUGCUAGGGAACUAAAUUUAUCCUUAUUAAGCUACCUUGUAUAAAAAAAACUGUAAAAUGAACAAAAUACUUGUUUUGAGAAAUUUAUUAAUAUGUAAUGACAUUACUUCAGCACUACUAAUAAAUUUAUGUACUCUACCAUGGAGUACAUUUCUUGAAGAGUUAUUCUGGUAAUUACCUGUAUCGUACUUAAUAAUAGGUAACUUUAAAAUUUCUAAAUUAUUUUUAAGAUAUUUUUUAGGUGAGGCAAUAGUUUAAACUACUAUAGAAAGUAAUCUAUUAACUUCAUUAAUCACUUGUAGGUUAAUAAUUUUUGCUACUACAUCAAUAAACAUAAUCAAUAGGGCAUUUAAAAAAUAAAUUAUAAACUUAGUUAUUAGAAUUUGUUCAAUUAUCAAAUGACUGUAAGGAUAGUUUCAUUAUACACAAAAGACUUUAUUUUGCAAGAGGGUAAAGCCCAAGUCAAAACACUCAGGAGUUUUCCAGUUAUAAAAAAUAGAAAAUUUGACACCCUCUAACUUUGAAAAGAAAUGCUGCCAAUUUAUUGUUUCUGGAUCUUACUGUUUGAUUAGAUUAUUAGUUAUUUACACUGGUUGUUUAUCCCAAUGAAAUUAAAUGUUGAAAUUAAAUGUUUGUAUAUUUCAGCAUAUUAGUGGAGGAAUUUUAUUUAUAUACAAUAACAAACCUCAUUUUAAAAUGCUUUUAAUAGAUUUAAGGGAUGACCCUAGUAAAUGUUGAUUCCUUUUAUAUUGCUUGUUUUAGGGGUGACACCAGGCAGUGCUUGAGGGACCAUAUGGGGUGCCAGGGAUUGAACCCAGGUCAACCUUGUAUAUGACAAGUACCCCACUCACUGUACUAUUUCUCCAGCCCCUGGAAGAAAACUAAACUCUUUGUUGUUCACUCUUCAAUGUGAACUCAAAAGUCGAUGGUACCUGAAAAUCACCAGAAUAAGUAUAUUUGCACUAAGAGGCCAAAAAAAGUCCCUAAAAAUCUUAAGAUACUUGAAUCUGCAAGGUGUAAUGAAAUGUUAAGAAGAAGUCGAUUUAGUUUUAUAUCUUUUUUGCUUCCAUUCCUCAUUUCUUUUAUAGAUUCCUUUCUUUGGAGCUGCUAUAGUUUGGCUUUUAAUGUGCUUACAAAUUUUAUCAUCUAUUCUAUAUUUACACAUUUGUUCAUCUCUGCACUCAAAAGCAGAUUCUGAUUUCAAAGCCUACAUACUACUCGAAUACCAGUGUUGCACCUAAAGAGGUGAAACGGAUUUUGCCAGACAUCUGAAUGUGAUCUAUGCUGAUUUAGUAUAUUAUCUCUCAAGUCACUAAGAUGGACACUUUAGUAAAGUGAGGUAUUCUCAAUGUAAUGUGGCAUAAAAAAAUGGAUUUCAAAAAAAAACAGUAAUUGAUAAUAAACAUGAAGAACCUCUUAAUGGAAAAAAAAAAGAAGAAAAAUGACAUACAUUAUUGUCAAAGUUUUUGUUAGAAGAGUUCCAAACACUAAACUAGGUUUAUAGGAAGUCUUAAAAAGAACUGAAUUUCCUUUUUCAGUUCAGUGAACUGGAAAGCUCUUUUAUGUUAUCCCAUUUCAACUCCUAGUAGCCCCUGUGAGCCAUCUCUAGCUGAGAACACACUAGACACCCUAGCCCCAAUCCCUAGCCCUGGUCUCAUCGUAGUGGCACCAUACUAUCACCUUAUUCCUUGAUGCUCAGUUUGGUUUCACUAAAAAUUUAUUUCCAUUUAAAAGAUGUGCCUAUUGAGCUUGAUUAAAAGCCUUGCAGUAAUUUAGAAUUUGUUAAUAAGACAAAUGGCAUAUUCUUCUUAUUGACAACUUGGAAGACAUUUGUCUUUAGCACACUACGUAGGGAAAACUAAAUUAUUUUCCCUUGAAAAUCUUUUUUUGUGUGGUUAUCUUGGUCUCAAUACAUUUUAUGAAAAGAGUGACUAUACUUAGUAUGAGUGUAAAAAGAGUGACUUACUUUGGCAGACAUCUGUAAGAUAGUCAUAAUUUAUUAGUAUGACUGUGUUGAAUUGUUAGUAUUAAGAAAAAUCUUAAUCAGCCAAGUCACCUAGAGCUGUAUUUCUCAAAAGAAUGCUGGCUGGCAUCUUCCCUAGUAUGCCAUGUUAUGGGGGAGAGACUGUGUAUUUAAUUUUUUUUAAGCAAUCCAAUGGAUUUGUUUUUGUCCAUUCCUUGAAAACAACGUGAAUGAUUUUUCUCAUUGUAGAAGACAGAACAUAUGGAUCUGUCUCUCAAAUUACUGUAACAUAUAUAUUUAUAAAUUAUAGCAUUGAAAAAAAGAUCUUAAAUGUUGAUGUUGUUUGUUCCUGGUAUUUAAUUUUUAUAAAAUGUUUUUGUAAAUAACUAAUUGUAAUGUUGCUUUUAAGUAGUUUUAAGAUCUUUCUUAAAUGAGGUCUGUGUAGAACCUGUUUUCCUGUAAGCAAUCUUCUGAAGUUCAUUAGUCCAAUGUGAAUUUGAAAUAUACCUACAUCUGUUCAGUAUCUUUUUAUAAACACCUGUACCCAAGAAAAAUAUACCAAAAUCCUAUUUUAUGUGUUGCAUUAAUAAAGUACUUAUUUAUUCAAUGGAUUAGAUGAAAUAGAAGAUAAGUAUUUUCAAAUGUGCAUCUGAUCAUAACUUUUCAAAAUGCUAAUUGUGCUCAUUUGUUGGUGCAUGGUGCCAAAUUUAUCUUUAAUUUGCUAUUAUUAUCUGAAAUAUAAUGACUGAUGUUUUAUUAUCUGACCAAUGGCCUGUAUGUUUAAUAUUUUUCUCUGCAGAUUACCACUACAUUUUCAGAUGAGUAUUUGGAAAAACUUACAAAGUGCUAUCUAUAUAUAAAAGUUAGCAUCUUUGGCCUUAUCUAUGAAUAAUGUUCAGUUGGAUUUUAACAAAUUCAUGAACUUGCAGUUGCUUUGUACUAUUUUAACUUAUUGUGAUGUAAUGAACUUUUGGAAAUGUUACUUGAUUUGCUGAUAAAAUAUUUAAAAAUGUAGCUUUGCAUGGGAAUAAAGUACAUUUCUACAUGUUACUAAGAAAUUUUCUGAUUGUGUGUUUUCUUCGUGCCACCUUAAAGAUUAAAUUAUUUUAAAUAGA